AUGAAGAGCGUACUCGGGCUCGUGAUGCUGGCCGCCGUGGUGAUCAUGGCCCGGGCGCAGAACCUGGACUGCGGCGCUGACUUUUUCAGCAAUGGCGACGGCUGCUGCCCGAUCUUCCUCAACGGCUCGGCCUACUACCCCGGCGCCGAUGGCUGCUACCCGAUCCUCACCGACCUCGGCGUGCAGUACUCGGACGAGUUCGGCUGCUACCCCGACCUUGAAGGCUUCUACGAGGGCGUUGAGAACUGCACCAACCCGUGCGCGCCCGAGUGCUUCAACACGACCCAGGGCGCCCCGACCCCCUCCCCCACCCCGAUCGUGAGCACCCCUGCCCCCGAGGCCUCGCCCUCCCCGUCGGCUUCCCCCUCGGCCUCCGCUUCCCCUUCGGCUUCUCCCUCUGCGUCGCCCUCGGCUUCGGCUUCCCCCUCGGCCUCCGCUUCGCCCUCGUCUUCGCCCUCUGCUGCGCCCGAGACCCCCUCCGCCUCCCCUUCGCCCUCUUCGUCGCCUGCCGCCAUUCCCACCGGCCCUUGCGAGUCGACCAACCUCUACAGGGACGCGAACGGCUGCUGCCCGGCUCUGAUCAACGGCGUCGCUGUCUACAGGAACGCCGAGGGCUGCUACCCGAUCAACACCAGCGUGGGCAUCGUCUACCCCGACGCCAACGGCUGCUACCCCAACGACGACGGCGUCUACGUGGCCGAGGGCGAGGAUUGCCCCGAGGCCCAGCAGUGCGCUGCCCAGUGCCUCGAUGAGUAA